UCCGCCGGACACCUGCAGCUCGAGCCGGGGACAUGAGCACCGCGCGCGAGGAGGUUCCUCACCUGGUUUAGUUUAGGAAGGAAGUCGCGCGGAGCUCAUUAAGGAUCAUAAUGGACUGUUUACCUCUGCUUUAGUUUUGGGGGGAAACGAGCAGCAGCAUGUCUGUGAACGAGCUCUUCACUAAGUUCACCCGGGUGUGGAUCCCCGACCCGGAGGAUGUGUGGAGGUCUGCAGAGAUCACCAGAGACUACAAGGAGGGAGAGUCUGUGCUGCACCUUAAACUGGAGGAUGAAACGCCUCUGGAGUACUCGGUGGGUCAGAAGUCGAACCCUCUACCGUUCCUGCGUAACCCCGACAUCCUGGUGGGAGAGAACGACCUCACCGCUCUGAGCUACCUGCACGAACCGGCCGUCCUGCACAACCUGAGGGUCCGCUUCCUGGAGUCCAACAACAUCUACACAUACUGCGGCAUCGUGCUGGUAGCCAUUAAUCCCUAUGAGCAGCUGCAGAUCUACGGUGAGGAGGUGAUCAACGCCUACACCGGACAGAACAUGGGAGACAUGGAUCCUCAUAUAUUCGCUGUGGCUGAAGAAGCCUACAAGCAGAUGGCCAGGGACGAGAGGAAUCAGUCCAUCAUCGUGAGCGGAGAGUCCGGAGCAGGAAAGACGGUUUCUGCUAAGUACGCGAUGCGCUUCUUCGCUACGGUCGGCGGCUCGGCCAACGACACCAACGUGGAGGAGAAGGUCCUCGCCUCCAGCCCCAUCAUGGAGGCGAUCGGAAACGCUAAAACGACUCGGAACGACAACAGCAGCCGCUUCGGGAAGUACAUCCAGAUCGGAUUCAGCCGCCAUUAUCACAUCAUCGGAGCCAACAUGCGCACAUACCUGCUGGAGAAGUCCCGCGUCGUGUUCCAGGCUGAAGAUGAGAGGAAUUACCACAUCUUCUACCAGCUGUGUGCCUCCGCCUCCUUACCAGAGUUCAAAGAGCUCAGCCUCACCAGCGCUGAAGACUUCACCUACACGUCUCUGGGUGAGAACAUCUUCAUCGAUGGAGUAAACGAUGCCGAAGACUUUCAGAAGACCAGAGAAGCGUUUACACUGCUGGGGAUUAAAGAGAACAAUCAGAGCAGCAUAUUUCAGAUCAUCGCCUCCAUCCUUCAUCUGGGAAACAUUCAGAUCUGCUCCGAGAGAGACGGAGAGUCCUGUCGCAUCUCAAGAGAUGACGUGCACCUGCAGGCGUUCAGCCGGCUGCUUGGCGUGGAGCAGCAGCAGAUGCAGCACUGGUUGUGUCACAGGAAGUUGGUGACGGCGUCUGAGACGUACGUGAAGAACAUGUCGAGCCGGCAGGCGGAAAACGCCCGCGACGCGCUCGCCAAGCACAUCUACGCUCACAUGUUCGACUGGAUCGUCGAGCACAUCAACAAAUCCCUGCAGACGUCCUCCAAGCAGCACUCCUUCAUCGGGGUCCUGGACAUCUACGGGUUUGAGACGUUCGAGAGCAACAGCUUCGAGCAGUUCUGCAUCAACUACGCCAACGAGAAGCUUCAACAGCAGUUCAACUCUCAUGUGUUUAAGUUGGAGCAGGAGGAGUACAUGAAGGAGCAGAUUCCCUGGACGCUGAUCGACUUCUAUGAUAACCAGCCGUGCAUCGACCUGAUCGAGGCUCGGCUCGGCAUCCUGGACCUGCUGGACGAAGAGUGCAAAGUGCCGAAGGGGACGGAUCAGAACUGGGCCCAGAAGCUCUACAAGCAGAACUCGAGCAGCGCUCACUUCCAGAAACCUCGAAUGUCCAACACGUCCUUCAUCAUCAACCACUUCGCUGAUAAGGUGGAGUAUCAGUGUGAAGGUUUCCUGGAGAAGAACAGAGACACUGUGUAUGAGGAACAGAUCAACAUCCUGAAGGCCAGCCAGUUUCAGCUGGUAGCAGAUCUGUUUCAUGAGAAAGACGACGUCGCUCCUUCAAAGUCGUCCAGAGUCAACGUCCGAGCAGCGAAGUCUGUCCCCAAGACUCCCAACAAAGAGCAUCGCAAGACGGUCGGACUGCAGUUUCGCAGCUCUCUGAAUCUUCUCAUGGAGACGUUGAACGCUACGACGCCGCACUACGUCCGCUGCAUCAAACCCAACGACCUGAAGGAAUCCUUCUCGUUUGACUCCAGCCGGGCGGUGCAGCAGCUCAGAGCCUGUGGAGUCCUGGAGACGAUCCGCAUCAGUGCUGCUGGAUACCCGUCCAGGUGGACGUAUCCAGACUUCUUCAGCAGGUAUCGAGUCCUGAUGAAGAAAUCUGACGUAACGUCUUCAGAUAAGAAGCAAGUCUGCAGAAACCUGCUGGAGACUGUGGUGAAGGAACCGGACAUGUUCCAGUUCGGUAAGACGAAGAUCUUCUUCCGGGCCGGUCAGGUUGCGUAUCUGGAGAAACUCCGAGCUGAUAAGUUUCGAGCCGCUUGCAUUAAAAUCCAGAAGACAGUGAGAGGAUGGCUGCAGAGAGUCCGCUACACUAAGAUACGCAGGUCUGCCGUCAUUCUGCAGAGAUACGGCCGAGGAUACCUGGCUAGGAGGUUUGCAGAGCAGCUGCGUCUGAGUCGAGCCGCUCUCAUCUGUCAGAAACAGUUCCGCAUGGUGAGAGAGAGACGAAGCUUCCUGAAGGUGAGAAGCGCCGUGGUGACGAUCCAGGCCUUCAGCCGGGGGAUGUUCACCCGCCGCAUCUACCACCAGUUCCUGCUUCACCACCGGGCCAUGAUCAUCCAGAAGUGUGUGCGCGGCUGGUUGCAGAGGAGGAAGUUCAGACGGGCGCGCGACGCCGCCGUCACCCUGCAGUGCGCCUACAGACGGGUGCUCGCUAAGAGACGACUCAAACAGAUGAAGAUAGAAGCUCGCUCUGCUGAACACCUGAAGAAACUCAACACGGGCAUGGAGAACAAGAUCGUCCAGCUGCAGAGGAAGAUGGACGAGCAGAGUAAAGAUCUCAGAAGUCAGAACGAUCAGCUGAUGGUGACUAACAGCGGUCUGGGCUCAGAAGUGACCAAGCUGCAGAAACAGCUGGAACAUCUGCGCAGUCAGCAGGAUGAAGGGCAGCUGGCGUCGCUGCAGGAGGAGCUGCAGAGGCUGCGGGAGGAGCUGCAGGAGGCGCAUGCUCUCAGGAAGAAGCUGCAGGAGGAGCACAGCACUGAGAAGCUGCGUCUGCAUGAGAGAGUGGAGGAACUGGAGACGGAAAACUCUCUGCUGAAGACGGAGAAGGACACGAUGAACCAGAAGAUCCUGCAGCAGUCAAAGAGCAUCGAAGAAUACACUGCAGCGCCUCGCCUCUCCUUCAUUAGAGGACAGCAGUGUUGGCUGGAGACGGCUGACCUCCAGGAGCAGCGAGAUGGAGGGAGGAUUAGUCCAAUAUUGGCCAGAAAGCAGAGCCUCUUUCUGGGAAUGUUGGAGGUCAGAGCGGGCCGGAGGACUCGGGACGCCGGCUCCUGA